AUGGAAGUUAAGUCAGCCAAAAUAUUAGCAGUGUUUCCUGUGCCAUCUAUUAGUCAUCAAGUCGUAUUUCGUAAGAUAACACAAGAGCUUGUUGAAAGAGGGCACGAAGUUACUGUGAUUACACCAGACCCAGCUUAUAUUAAAGGAAAAUCGCCUUCGAAUCUUAAGGAAAUUGAUGUUAACGAUAUAUCUUAUGAAGCUUGGAAGAAGAUAAUGCAGUAUAACUUUGGAAGUAACAAAUUGCAAAUAUCCAAGUUUGAAGAAAUAAGAGCAGGAUCAUUAAUACUUUCACACAUUUUUAUAACUCAAUUUCAUACACCUGAGGUUCAAAAACUAAUAUCGGAUAAGAACAAUUUUGAUUUAAUACUGAUUGAAGCUGUUAUACUCCCAGCUCUUGUGUUUUCGCAUAUUUUUAAAGCACCUGUAAUUUUAGUAAGUUCUUUUGGUGCAAUUUUUAAUAAUCACGACAUAAUGGGAUCACCUACGCAUCCACUUUUUUACCCAUCGCUUUUAAAUAAGAAAGUUUAUAAUCUAACAGUGUGGGAAAAAAUAUAUGAACUUUAUUCUUACUUCAUGACUCAAUAUGCAUUAUAUUUGAAUAAAGCUGAUGAAAGUGCAAUGCUAAAGGAAUUAUUAGGACCCGAUGUACCGACUAUGCAUGAAUUAUAUAAUAAUGUAGAUAUGUUCUUUAUGAACAUACAUCCUAUAUGGGUCGAUAGUCAACCAGUACCACCGAGUGUUGUCUAUAUGGGCGGUAUACAUCAGUUACCUGAGAAAGAGUUGCCUCAGGAUCUGAAAGAGUAUUUGGAUUCGUCUAAACAAGGUGCUAUUUAUGUGAGCUUUGGCACCAAUGUGCUUGCUGGCAUGAUACCGCCAAGAAAAGUUGAAAUUAUCUCAAAAGUUCUUUCAAACCUCCCAUAUAACGUUUUAUGGAAAUGGGACAAUGAGGAAAUACCUGGUAAACCAGAUAGAAUUAAAAUCUCCAAAUGGUUUCCACAAUCUGAUCUAUUAAGGCAUCCAAAUAUAAAACUUUUCAUUACUCAAGCUGGAUUACAAUCUACAGAUGAAGCUAUUACAGCUGGAGUGCCACUAGUUGCUAUACCAAUGUUAGGGGAUCAGUGGUAUAAUGCUGAGAAAUAUGUUAAAUAUGGUAUUGGUAUCAAAUUAGACAUCGAGACGCUUAUUUCAAACAUGCUG